AUGAUUAUACAUAAUCAUUCCAAAACCCCGACUCCUAAAAUUCCAUUGUCGCCUCCCUCCUCCACCCCGCCAUCUCCACCCCCCAUCCAUCGCCGCGUCAUGGCCUCCCUUGUCCACCGUCAUCGCCCGACACGAACCUUCACCGUCGCACCCCUCAAUCUUCCAUCUCCAGCGCCAGGCGGUGAGUCGCAAACUCCGAACAAAACAUCCACACCAUCGACGUUUCACAUCGACUCCGGGUCAGAUGCCUACUCUACCCGUCAAUCUCCUCUUGUUCGUCGUCUCCUAUGUUUGGUCGCCUCCCUCAUCCGUCCGCCGUCUCCUUCUCCGGCCAUCACAGGUUUGUUUAGGGUUUAG